GCGCAGCCGAGGGUCUGACGGCUGCGGCGGGGCCUGGACGGAAGAGGGGGCGAGCCCCGGGGCGCCGCACGUGGACCCCCGGCACGGGCACACUCACGUGCACCCGUCCUUUCACGCCAACGCGUUUCCUGCUGCCCCCACCCCUGCACCACUGCACGUCCCAGACCCCGGCCCAGCCUCCCCGCGGUCCCUAGGCUGGGGGAGCUCAGACAGGAGGCCAGGAGGAGGGGGACUUUGGGGCUGAGGCUUUGCCAAAGGAGCAGGAGUUUGCCAAGUGUUGUAGGAAGCGGGAAGGGUGCGCCAGGUAGGGGGCACGGCGUGUGCCAAGGCCCGGAAACGUGAAACCGAGUGCUUUUCGGGGGCAACCGGGAAGUCAGUUGGUGGAGAAAGAUCAAAGAUGGGAGGAAAGGCGAGGCUGACAAGGACCCUAAACGGUGAUUCCCCAAGUCGGCCACUGGAGGGAUGACUUGGGGGACCAGGGAGGAAGAGCAGGUGAGGGGGAGCGGCGGCCAGGACAUCUGGGAGGUGGCUGGACCCGUGGCCUGGACUUUGGGGGGCGGUCGAGUUGGAUCGAUGAUCGAUGAGGACCCUGGCGGCCUCACCCUGGGGGAGGUAGAGACGAAAAAGGAACUACGGUGUGCCCGGAAGGUGGUGGCUUUAGGUUCACAGGGAGGUGGUUGGCAAGGCGGGGGUAACAGGGGGAAGGAGAAAAUCUGAAAUGCCGGUGUGAGCUCCGGGCCAAGAGAGUUGAGGACUCAGGAGGCAGGAAUCCCCCGUGGCCGCCCGCUGCUUGGCUGUGGGCUCCAACUUGGUGUGUGCUCAGAGAAGGCAGUGGUUGGAGUGAACAGGGCCUGUGCCAGGUGGGGAGACUAGCCAAGGUGUUUGUGCAGCCUGGCCUCUGGAGCGGCCUGGGAAGAGCUGGAGUUCUCAGGGUGGGAGCUGGCCUGUGGCUGGGAGCCCGUGCUGGCGUCCCUGCCAGGCGGUGAUCUCACAGAGACAGGGUCUAGCUAUGUUGCCCCGGCUCGUAUCAAACUCCUGGACUCAAACGAAAGUGCUGGGAUUCCAGGCAUGAGCCAGCGCUACCGGCCUGCAUACGGGAUGAUUCCAUGUGGACUGCCACAUCAAGGAAGCAAACAACAAGGAAAGCCUGGCGCUGCGUGGAGCUGUCUUUUGCUGCUAACUGCCCUUGAUCGACUUCCUACCAGGCCGCCAUGGCAUCAGAUGAAGGCAAACUUUUUGUUGGAGGGCUGAGUUUUGACACCAAUGAGCAGUCGCUGGAGCAGGUCUUCUCAAAAUACGGACAGAUCUCAGAAGUGGUGGUUGUGAAAGACAGGGAGACCCAGAGAUCUCGGGGAUUUGGGUUUGUCACCUUUGAGAACAUUGACGACGCUAAGGAUGCCAUGAUGGCCAUGAAUGGGAAGUCUGUAGAUGGACGGCAGAUCCGAGUAGACCAGGCAGGCAAAUCGUCAGACAACCGAUCCCGUGGGUACCGUGGUGGCUCUGCCGGGGGCCGGGGCUUCUUCCGCGGGGGCCGAGGACGGGGCCGUGGGUUCUCUAGAGGAGGAGGGGACCGAGGUUAUGGGGGGAACCGGUUCGAGUCCAGGAGUGGGGGCUACGGAGGCUCCAGAGACUACUAUAGCAGCCGGAGUCAGAGUGGUGGCUACAGUGACCGGAGCUCGGGCGGGUCCUACAGAGACAGUUAUGACAGUUACGGUAAGUCACACUCCGAGGGCGCCACGCUGCUGUGGCCUGCGGUGGGAGCUCGGUUCACCUUGGUGCCCUCUCCAAGCACUUUAGGCUGGACACUCAGACCUUGUCACUGUGCUUGCCCAGAAGAGGCGCAUCUGUCCUCUCAGAGCCAUUUCUAUCGCAGGACGCAAAAGCCAAAUGAGACUGACCAAAAAGGCAAGGGAGAGCGAGGGCCCGCUGGGCAGUCAGCUAGGUGCAUGUGUGGCCGCAGGCCAGCCUCCCUCGGCUGUGGGGGGUGGUUGCUCCCCGGCCGCAGGCCGCGCCCUGGUCUGGCCUCUGGGGUGAAGCUGCCUCUCGUUGCUUCGGUGCCUUUACACUGUGCCUGCUUCUUGUCCUCAGCUACACACAACGAGUAAAAACCCUUCCUGCUCAAGAUCGUCCUUCCAAUGGCUGUGUGUUUAAAGAUUGUGGGAGCUUCGCUGAACGUUAAUGUGUAGUAAACGCACCUCCUUGUAUUCCCACUUUCGUAGUCAUUUCGGUUCUGAUCUUGUCAAACCCAGCCUGACCGCUUCUGACGCCGGGAUGGCCUCGUUACUAGACUUUUCUUUUUAAGGAAGUGCUGUGUUUUUUUGAGGGUUUUCAAAACAUUUUGAAAAGCAUUUAUUUUUUGACCACGAGCCAUGAGUUUUCAAAAAAAUCGGGGGUUGUGUGGGUUUUUGGUUUUUGUUUUAGUUUUUGGUUGCGUUGCCUUUUUUUUUUUUAGUGGGGUUGGCCCCAUGAAGUGGGUGCCCCAUUCACUUCUCUGAGAUCGAACGGACUGUGAAUCCGCUCUUUGUCGGAAGCUGAGCAAGCUGUGGCUUUUUUCCAACUCCAUGUGACGUUUCUGAGUGUAGUGUGGUAGGACCCCGGCGGGUGUGGCAGCAACUGCCCUGGAGCCCCAGCCCCUGCGUCCAUCUGUGCUGUGCGCCCCACAGUAGACGUGCAGACGUCCCUGAGAGGUUCUUGAAGAUGUUUAUUUAUAUUGUCCUUUUUUACUGGAAGACGUACGCAUACUCCAUCGAUGUUGUAUUUGCAGUGGCUGAGGAAUUCUUGUACGCAGUUUUCUUUGGCUUUACGAAGCCGAUUAAAAGACCGUGUGAAAUGAACCUUGCUCUGACAAUUCCCUUGCAUUGCACCACACACUCCUUGCUGCGGGCUCCUGCAGCCAGACCUGAGCAGAGAGAGAAGGUGGAGAAGCAGCGGGUCUGCAAGCCUUCCCUGGGGCCUGCAGAGCUAGAAAGGGAGGCCCAGCAGACUGGCGCUGGUCAGGGUAGGGGAGCCAGGCGGGGGACGGGAGCGGGCAGCUCAGGCCUCAGGACAGCCCUGGGAGGCUUCUGGCAGUGGUGGCCAGAGGGCUGGACUGUGCGGGCAGCUUAGCAGGGACAGUGGACGUGCACCUGACGCUGACCUGGACUGCCUCAGUCUAGAAGCAGGCCAGAGAGCAGAGGCACGUGGCAUCCCAGGGCGACAUCAGACGGCCAGCCGGUUAGCUAGUUCUGCUGUUGCUUCACAAGUUCUGAGCAUUCUCUGCUAGCCUAUGGAAGCUGCAGCCCUCGGAGGACAGAAGUGUUGUGCGCCCAACAGAACCCUCUGAGACGCAAGCUGCUCCCUUGGCUAGCUCAUAUGUGGAAAUAGCCCUGUAAUUCGAGGUAACUCCUUCCGCUCGUGUCCACAUCCCUCUUGUUGAGAGCUCACUGAAAGUCAUGUGCCCGGGGAAUGUUCCUGUGACUGUUUUUUGUUUUUCCUUUUUUUUUUUUUAACUUUGUUUUUGUUUUUUUCAAUUAAGCUGGAACUAAAGUCAGGCCCGGCCAUUACGCUCCCCACGUGCAGCCAGGUGCAGCCUGGGCCCAGUCAUGCCUGGCUCAUAGAUGAGAUCCCUUAAGCAGGAUUGCAGACCAGUGAACGCCCCCGCCUUUUGGAUUUUUUGCUCAUCAAUUGACCGUCUUUUCCAGACCUCUUUAAGUCACACUCUUAACUUAGCUUUCUCUGAUGUCUGUUGCCGCCAUUAGUUUUUUUCUAGAGCCCACACUGGCCCACAUAGCUCCAUCCCAUACGGGUAGCUGGCUCCAGCUGCGCCAAGGUGCAGACCCGCCCUGGGCAUGCUGGCCUGUGACGGAGCCUGAGGUCACAGCCCCCUGACUAGCCUGAGACCUUCCUAGGGGCUGUGGCUGUUUCCGGGGAGGCCGGGAGGGGCAGCUGUGAGCCCCGUGCAGGACGUCAGGAGUAACGCUGCUUUGCUUUGGCAGGUUGAAGGGGCCCGGCCAGGACUCGGGGAAGGGUGGCCUGAGAGCAGCGAUGACCUCUGGGGUCACUGUCCCAGGAGGGACUUCACCUGGAACAAGAGCUGGAGGCAGCCGCUUGCCCAGGAGGCUUGUCCCCUGUAAGUGCUUUGUGGAAGAGUGGCAUGUGGCGCUGAGCCCUGUCCCGGGCGGCACCUGGGCGUUCCAGUGAGUCCUGCUCUCCCGCACCUACGGCCCCGCGGCGGCGCCUUUCGGUGUGUGUUGGGUGCAGGGCAGCGCCUCCCGGGAGCGCCGGGUCCCCCGCCUGGAGCCCGCGCCUGUUCUCCCUCCCUCCUCCUCCUUCCAGGAGGCGCUUCGCCAGUGAGGUGCGGGCUCAGGGCCUCGAGUCUCUCCUGGAGCACGGGCUGCGGUGCGCUGGCAGCUUACGGGGCGGCCAGUCCUUGCCCACAACGAUGUGGAGCCCUGUGAAAGUCGGAUUCGAAUAAAGGGCCACGUGUGCACCCAGAAA